GAGAUCUGGAACAGCCCACCGAGACCUCUGACUCCCUAUUGGUGGAGGGUUCUGGUUCUGACUCUGAAUUUGUCUGCAAGAACAAUGGGGUUCUCUUUGAGAAUCAGCUGCUACAGAUUGGCAUCAAAUCGGAGUAUCGGCAGAACCUCGGGAGAAUGUACUUAUUUUAUGGGAACAAGACGUCGGUGCAGUUUGCCAGUUUCACCACUACAGUCAGUUGUCCUGCAGAGCUCCAAUCUCAGCUCAAUGUUCAGACUAAACCUGUGGAGCCGCUGGUGGAGGGAGGAGCUCAGAUCCAGCAGGUCCUCAACAUCGAGUGUCUGACGGACUUCUCUGAUGCCCCGCUGCUCAACAUCAAGUUCAGAUAUGGAGGGACGCUGCAGAACCUGACCCUGAAGCUACCAGUCACCAUCAACAAGUUCUUUCAGCCGACUGAAAUGUCCUCACACGAUUUCUUCCAGCGCUGGAAGCAGCUCAGCCAGCCUCAGCAAGAAGCCCAAAAGAUAUUCAAGGCCAACCACAGCAUGGACACUGAAGUACUGAAGGCUAAGCUUCUGGGACUUGGAACAGCCCUGCUGGACAACGUGGAUCCAAAUCCAGAGAAUUAUGUGUGUGCUGGAGUGAUUCAGACCAAGAGCCAGCAGGUUGGCUGUCUGCUGAGACUGGAGCCCAACGCACAGGCGCAGAUGUACCGCCUGACUCUGCGCUGCAGCAAGGACUCCGUGUCGCGGCGCCUCUGUGAGUUGCUGGCCCAGCAGUUCUAGAAGGAACACCCCCCCCCC